UUUCAGAUUAACAAUGUCUGUAGUUAUGCAGACGUGGUCUAGGGUUGGUAGAAGAUGUUUAUCAUCAUCCUCUAGUAUUCAAGUUCUAGCCUUGUCUACUACCAGAACAUAUGCCAGUGUUCCUACCACAUACCAAUAUCUCAAGGUUGACACUGCGGGAACAGAUAACAGAGUUGGGUUGAUUCAAUUAAACAGACCUAAAGCAUUGAACGCCCUCUGUGCUGGUCUUAUGGACGAACUGGUUGUAGGUAAUUCAUCUUUAAACAAGAUAUAUCAGGCGUUUGCUGCUGGAGCAGAUAUUAAAGAAAUGCAGAACAGAACAAUGGCAGCAAACUAUACAGAAGCUUUUCUAGCCAGUUGGGAGAAUAUUGCUAAGAUGAGGAAACCUCUGAUUGCUGCUGUAAACGGAUUUGCUCUUGGAGGAGGUUGUGAGGUUGCCAUGAUGUGUGAUAUAAUAUAUGCUGGAGAGAAAGCUAAAUUCGGUCAACCUGAGAUUACAAUUGGAACUAUCCCAGGUGGAGGCGGAACUCAGCGUCUUACUAGAGCUAUUGGAAAAUCACGGGCAAUGGAGAUGAAUUUGACCGGGGUUCCCAUCAACGCAAAGGAGGCUUCAAGCUACGGCCUUGUCUCAAAAGUCUUCCCUCCUGAAACCCUUGUCGAGGAAGCAAUUAAAACUGCCGACAAGAUUUCCUCUCACUCUAAAAUCACUGUUCAGAUGUGCAAGGAAGCGACAAAUGCCGCGUAUGAACUCACUUUAGCAGAAGGAUUAAGAUUUGAGAAGCGCAUGUUCCAUUCUACAUUCGCAACUGAAGACAGGAAAGAGGGAAUGACGGCCUUUGUCGAGAAGCGUAAACCCAACUGGACUGAUCAAUAAGAAGAUCUGUUUUGAUCAAAAAAGCGAUUGAUUUAUUUUAACAUGGAAUAACAAAAUACUGAUCUAGCCUGGAUUGAUUAUUAAAUCUAGAAUUAUGCCAUGUUUAGUUUCUAGUCAGUUCUCUACUUGUACUAUAUUGCAUGACUGAUGAACAUUAGCCACAAUUGUGAUUAGCAUGAUUCUAAAACAGGACUUGCAGUCGAUAAUAGGUCACAGAGCUCUAAUAGUGCAUUUUAUGCAAAAUAUCUCCUCAACCUUGCACUACGUUUGGGUGCCUGGGUCUUCGAGUUAAUAAACUUGUUCUGCACAUAGUAAACCAAUUUGUUUCACGUCUAAUGGGUAAAAGUGAAAAGGAUAAAUCGGGAAACCGUAGAUUUAUAUAUUUAAUAUUUAUAUUUUCAGAA